AUGUACGGAUGUCAGUCUCUUCAAUUAAAAGGCCUUGGACACCAUCGCAAAGACGAAAUCAUCGAGGCACAACAGACAGAAUUCUAUGUCAGCAGAGCUUCAAGUCUCAUGGAUUCUAUUGAUAAUUCCUUCACAAACGUUGCAAUUUCGAAUAUCACAAUGGCACAGGAGAAUAUCAAAGGAUUGUUGGCAGCCGCCUCGGUUUCAGUCCGCACCGCCUACUCUGAAAUAAAAUCACUGACAAGUCAACCAAGUUUCUAUUAUAUUCCAAAACGACAGAGAUAUCUGAUGGUGAAUAAAAUAGUGACUGAUAUGAGUGCAACUGGACAAACGGAGAUGAUGUCAUUGAAUAAGAAAGCGAAGGCAUACUGUCGGACUGCAAAUGUGUCAAAACAUUUUUUUCGUCGUGGUUCAGUUUUUAAACUCCUUUUUUUGUAG